AAGCUCGGGCGAGAGCUUGCAGUGAGAAAGGAUCGAAGAGGAUCGUCGUCAACCUGCCGGCUUCGAGUGCGCCGAUGUUGUGAACGUCUUCUUACCCGUCCUCGUCCUCUCCGAACUUGUCUCCUUGGGAUCGGCGCGACAAACGGAUUGACGAAUGACGCCGUAGCAGAGGGCUGGUUGGUGCGCGGAUACCGGGACGCAAGAGGGGACGGCACCUUUCGCACCGCCACGGCAACGUACAACACGUAUCGGAGAAUUGCGGCCACGAAAAUCGAGACGAGGGAGCGAGGGGCACUUAGCCCUUUGGCGAGCUCGAAGGAUGCAGCUCCCAGGCGGGAGCACGAGAAUUCCGCCCGCGAGAAUACCGGCUUCCCUUCUGGUUAUCAUUAACGACAACAACAUCGCAACGAUCACCGGGACAGAAGUAGUAAGAAGCACGACAGCAGCGGAUACAGACCCGAUAACGAAUCGAAUCUUCCGAAGAAGACCCGCCAUCCCGAGACGAGGGCGGACGGCCAACACCAAGUCACCGAGCAGCAGCCUCAGCCGUUGGCAAGAGUGCCGGCGUCGUCGUUGGCGGCGGCGGCGGCGGCGGCGGCGGCGGCGGAGAAAGCAGAGGAGGCGGCGGAAGAGGAGGAGGAGAAGGCGGUGGCGGCGAAGGAGACGGAAAAGGAAGAGGAGGAGGAGAAGAAGAUCGAGAAGGAGACGGCGAAGGUAAAGGAAGUGGAGAGGGUCGGUGGUGGUCGGUGGCAAACAAGGUGGGGAGCACCUAGCUAG